AUGGCAGUGCCUAGCAGCAAUAUAGCAACCGUCCUCGAAUCUGAAGGAGUUGAGUUCCUUCUAUCUGGUGACAGAAAGGUCCCCUUGUCAUCAUGUAAUGGGAAGACAGUGUGCCUCUUCUUCUCAGCAAAUUGGUGUAGGCCUUGCAAGGCUCUUACCCCUCAGCUGGUGAGGCUUUAUGAUGUGCUUAAAAUGGAAGGUAAAGAGUUUGAGAUUAUCUUUGUCUCCUUCGACUGCGAUGAGGAAAAAUUCAAUGAACACUUCAAGUGCAUGCCAUGGCUGACAGUCCCAUUUGAUGCAAACCUGCAUAAACGAUUGAGUGACCUGUACCACGUCGAUCGCAUCCCAUCACUCAUUUCUUUAAGUUCAGAUGGAAUAUCAGUUGAGGAAGACUUGGUUGGACUGAUUGAAGACUAUGGAGCUGAGGCAUUUCCUUUCACUAAGAAAAGAAGAGAAGAACUAAAGGCUGCUGACGAAGCGAAGCGCAAAGGGGGAAAACUAGAAGAGCUUUUGGCUUAUCAAGGACGAAACUAUGUCAUGUCUAGUGAUGGUAGAGAGAUAUCAGUGUCCAAACUUAUUGGUAAGACCAUAGGCCUUUACUUUGGUGCACAUUGGAGCCCUCCUUGCCGCGCCUUCACUUCCAGACUUAUAGAAGCAUACAACGAGCUCAUGGCCUCCAGUGGUCAAGACUUCGAAAUCAUUCUAGUCUCCACAGACCGAGACCUCAAAGAGUUCGAGUUCAACAUAAGCAGCAUGCCAUGGCUUGCCAUCCCAUACCAGGAUAAAACAAGACAAGACCUUUGCAGAAUUUUCGACAUUAAAGUGAUUCCGGCUUUGGUUCUGAUUGGACCAGAUGGGAAGGCUAUUAGCACAAAUGGGAAGGCCAUGAUCUCCUUGUAUGGUGCCAAGGCCUUCCCAUUUACAGAGUUCAGGAUCAAAGAGCUGGAGGCAGCUUUGAGAAAAGAAGGAGAGGCAUUGCCUCCUCAAGUGAAGGAUAUAAAGCAUGACCAUUUGCUGAAGUUGGACAUGGCCAAAGCUUAUGUAUGUGAUUACUGCAAGAAGCAGGGGAGGUUCUGGGCAUUCUCUUGUGGUGUGUGUGAUUAUGAUCUUCAUCCGACUUGUGUAGAGAAGUCAUUUUAA